AUGACUAUGGCUGGCGAUAAUGGACAAAACAUCGACCCAAUUGUAGCAGCUCGUGCUUUGCGGAAGCUUGACUGGUUCUUUAUCCCCAUUACUACUAUUGGCAAUGGACUGGUAUGGUAUGAUAAGGCAAUCCUUGGCUCCGCAGCAAUACUUGGCAUGGUCGAAGACUUGGAACUCAGCACCCCUGACCAAAUCAAUCCGGUCAUUAUGGACACCUCACGACUCAGCUGGGCAACCUCACUCUUCUACUUUGGAAUGCUGGCGGGAGUAUAUCCCAUCUCCUUUAUUCUACAGAGAUUCGAUACUGGCAGAGUCCUAGGAACCAUCGUCUGUAUGUGGUCCCUAACAUGCAUGAUCACGGCCGCUAUUACCUCGUACCAAGGCCUGUACGCACAGCGGUUCGUCCUCGGCUUUAUUGAAAGCGCUGUUCCGACUGCCUUUUCUACUCUCAUAUCGACCUUCUACACCCAGCAGGAACAGCCCUUUAGGCAGAGCUGGUGGGUAUCAGCCGUCGGACCAUUCGCAAUCAUUGGUGGAUCCCUCAACUACGGUUUCGCGCAUAUCACAGGCGGAGACCUCCAUAGCUGGCAGUAUAUCUACCUCCUCGCCGGCACACUAACGUUCAUAUUCGGUCUUUUCUGCUUUGAUAUACCCAGCUCUCCCGCGUCAGCGUGGUUCCUGAGCGACGAGGAAAAGGCAGUAACCCUCGAGCGCCUCAAAUACGGCCAUACGGGCACGGGGUUUGGCCCUUUAAUUGUGCGCAACUUUGGUUGGACCUCUUUUCAGUCCAUCUUGUUGCAAUUCCCCAUCGCAGCCUUCUCUUUCCUAUCCUCGGUAAUGGCUGGGUUCUUCGCAUCUCGAUAUUCCAACAUCCGUAUUCUCAUUCUGAUCGGGUGCUGUGUCGUCGUCAUUGCUAGCUGCGUUAUUGUCUGGAAGAGCAACUGGGCAUAUCAUGCUGCAGCGCCGAUUAUAGGCUAUACUAUGGGUGGCGCUCUCACCCCGUUCAAUACAAUGGUUAUCAGUCUUGGAUUGUCGAAUGUUGCGGGAUAUACGAAGAAGAGUUUCGCAUCUGCUACCAUCUUCGUGGCGUAUUGCAUUGGUAAUAUCAUCGGGCCCCUGAUGAUUCGAACUCAGACGAGGGCUUCCCACUACCCCGAGUUAUGGACAGGACUGAUAAUAUGCUACUCGAUCCUAAUCUGUGCUGCUGCCACAUAUUACGUGUUACUACGACGCGCCAACAGAAUGAAGCAGUCGGCGCAAGGGUCUGACGAGGGCGCGGGGGACAACGAUGAGAGCACUAGGGUUGCUUUCUUAGACCGUACUGACAAGGAGAAUGUUUAUUUCAGAUAUGUCCUGUAAGGACUUCUACAGAGAGGAUAUAUCAAAUAGUGCCAAAAUGGAAAUGUCGGGUUAAGAGUGUGGCUACCUGGUGGAUGGGGUAGAUAUCUUCACUACCGACCAAAAUUAUUGUCCAUUUUCCUGCUCAUAGUGGGUAUGGGUAUUAGGACAGUUCUAAGCUGGCUCGAUAUGAAGAAGCCAUCUCCGUCAAGCGAAAGCACAGAUACGAUGUAAUCUUUCUCCGCAGCAUUCUUCUUCAAUCUUACCGACCGUGAACAUCACGAGCAUCCUCAAGUGUUUUUGAGCCUUCGAAAGAAUCCCAAUACUAUGCAACUGCCUGGACCUCAAUUCUCUGAUCAGCCUGUG